AUGUCGCUCGCGAGAGCCUUCACGACCCGUCGGGCCAACAAGGGCAGCGCCGACUUGGGCGACAGCGUUAAACGUAGUCACACGCUUCACAGGACGUCCUCGCAAAAGGCGCUUCGUAACAAGAUCUCGGCGCCAGUCGAGCUGGUUCACACGACUAACAUGCUCGCCUACAAUGCUCCCGACAUCUAUCCCCGCCAGCCUUCCAGGAGCAACUCGAAUGCGACUAGGUCAACUAUAGAUGAGUCCGACGCUGCGACCUCAAACACAACGGCCUCAACGCCUCCUUCAAGCCCCGAUGGCGAGAACGAGUACAGCCCAGGACCCAAGCCCAACCAUCUGUCCUCGUAUUUCGUCGCUCCUGGGACAGCUGUCGUCCACGGAACCCCUGCUGAUGCGCCUGCUAUCCCCAAAAGGUCUCCUUCGCAUACCAAAAAGAACUCGAUGGAUGCCCUGGCCCGCAAGCAGUCUCUUUCGCGCCUGUCAGAGAACUCGAAUCCCAGCCUGAGCUUUUCACGCUCAUCAUCCACAUCGACUCGCCUAUCAGCUACCUCACACUCCCCAGGGCCUCAUCAGAUGAGCCAGGCCCCUCCAAUGCCUACGCCGCAAUUCUCCGCAAAAGCAAAUGCAAGCCCCUUUGGUCAAGAACUGGCGCAGGUUACCGAGCUCGCGGAGGAUUUUGGUGCCGGUCGCUUGGACGUCAUCUAUGAGGAUGAGCAGUACAUCAGGACGCGCGGUCUCGCUCAGAUGAGCGCCGACGACUACUUGAACGAGAUUCACGAGGUGAUGGCCACCUUCUUCCCGGACAACCAGCAAGGCGCACCAUCAACACCGAUGUGGAUAUAA